UGUUGGCGGCGGUCAGACAAGCUUGCCGGAGAAGUGUGGGAGGAGCCUGGCAUUCACAUGCAGUGUAGAGGGAGGAGGCGGUAGCAGGCCCUGCAUACACCGGAGGGCACGGAGUGGAACACGGGAACCCUGGAUUAAUUGCGUUGGGCUGGGGCGCGGGAAGACCCCGGGGUGGGUUUUUGGCGCAGGAUGAAGGUGACGGUGAGCUUUGGGAGGACGCGGGUCGUGGUGCCCUGCGGGGACGGCAACCUGAAAGUUUCCAGCCUCAUCCAGCAAGCGGUGACCAGGUACAAGAAGGCCAUCGCUAAGGAUCCUGGCUAUUGGAUACAAGUUCAUCGUUUGGAGCAUGGCGAUGGGGGCAUUUUGGACCUUGAUGAUAUUCUAUGUGAUGUGGCUGAUGACAAAGACAGGCUUGUGGCGAUCUAUGAUGAGCAAGACCCACAUCAUGGGGGAGAUGGCACCAGCGCUAGUUCUACUGGCACUCAGAGCCCAGAAAUAUUUGGGAGUGAGCUUGGAACCAAUAGCAUGUCUGCCUUCCAGCCCUACCAAGCAGCAAGCGAGAUUGAGGUCACCCCUUCUGUCCUGCGAGCAAACAUGCCACUUCAUGUACGGCGAAGCAGCGAUCCAGCCCUUGUCGGCAUUACCACUUCUGUCAGUGAUUCCAAUUUCACGUCAGAGGAGCCGUCUCGUAAAAACCCUACACGUUGGUCUACCACAGCGGGCUUCACCAAGAAGAAUACUUCAGCGGGCAUGGGUGCCAGUGAAAUAAAGAAAGAUGAGAACUACAGAAGUCUCCCCAGGGAUACCAGUAACUGGUCUAAACAGUUUCAGAGAGAUAAUGCCCGCUCUUCACUGAGUGCCAGUCACCCUCUGGUGGACACGUGGCUAGAGAGGCAGGAGCAGGAUGAAGAAGAAGCAGAGGAGAAUAGCCGAGUGGAGCCUGUGGGACAUGCGGAUACAGGCCUGGAAAGAACCUCAAGUUUCUCCUUAGAUGACAUGGUGAAGCUUGUCGAAGUCUCCAAUGACGGGGGUCCUUUAGGGAUCCAUGUAGUGCCUUACAGCGCCCGUGGUGGAAGAACACUGGGAUUACUGGUAAAACGGUUGGAGAAAGGUGGCAAAGCGGAGCGGGAAAACCUUUUCCAUGAGAACGACUGUAUCGUCAGAAUUAACAAUGGCGACCUGCGCAACAGAAGGUUUGAACAAGCACAGAAUAUGUUCCGCCAAGCCAUGCGCUCACCCAUAAUCUGGUUCCACGUGGUCCCAGCGGCAAACAAAGAACCAUAUGAACAGUUAUCUCAGAGCGAGAACAACAGCUACUACUCCAGUCAGCACGUGCAUGAUUCCCAGUACAUGGACUCCAGGAGUUUCUCUAGCCCCGGCCCUGAUCACACUGCGCAGAGAAUGCCCAGGCAGAGCAGCCAGGCCGAUCCAAUGGACUCUUACUCUCAUCUACCUCAAAGUAUCAAUUCAGCAGGAAAACCACCCACUGGCCUGACCACAUCCCCGCAGCGUGCAGUCAGCCCCCCCACCAACAGCGCUUACGGUACCAAAAAGGGAAAGAAGUUUUACAUUCAGCUGAAGAAAGGAGCAGAAGGACUGGGCUUCAGCAUAACUUCCCGCGAUGUUCCUCUCGGUGGCUCGGCACCAAUUUAUGUCAAGAACAUUCUCCCUCGCGGUGCGGCUAUUCAGGAUGGCAGAAUGAAGGCAGGGGACAGACUUCUAGAGGUAAAUGGUGUCGAUUUAACCGGGAGAACGCAAGAGGAGGUGGUGUCAUUAUUACGAAGCACCAAGAUGGGCGGGGCAGUUAAUCUUUUGGUCCUUCGUCAGGAUGAAACAUUCCACCCACGUGAGCUGAACCCGGAACCAAGCCAAGUAUCAAAUGCAAGAGAAACGAAAACAGAAGAAGAGGAACUUGUUCUAACUCCAGAUGGGACACGGGAGUUCCUUACAUUCGAAAUCCCUUUGAAUGAUUCUGGCUCAGCUGGGCUGGGUGUGAGUGUCAAAGGAAACAGGUCAAAGGAGAACCACGCUGACCUGGGCAUCUUCGUCAAAUCCAUCAUUAAUGGAGGUGCAGCUUCCAAGGAUGGAAGGCUUCGUGUUAACGAUCAGCUUGUGGCGGUCAAUGGGGAGUCUCUGUUGGGCAAAACAAAUCAGGAUGCCAUGGAGACGCUUAGGAAAUCAAUGUCAACGGAAGGUAACAGGAGAGGGAUGAUCCAGCUUAUUGUGGCACGGCGAAUCAAGCGCAGUGAGCUGGAGUCACCUGGGAGCCCCUCAGGCCCUGAAUUGCCCAUCGAGACAAUGCUGGACGACAGGGAACGCAGAAUUUCCCACUCUCUGUACAGCGGCAUUGAGGGGUUUGACGAAUCGCCCACAAGAAACGCGGCUUUGAAUAGGAUAAUGGGUAAAUACCAGCUCUCUCCGACAGUGAAUAUGCCUCAGGAUGACACUGUGAUUAUUGAAGAUGACCGAACUCCUGUGUUGCCUGCCCAGCUCUCUGACCACUCAUCUUCCAGCUCACAUGAUGAUGUUGGUUGUGUUACAGACUCUACUAGUGCUUGGUCUAAAACAGUGGCUAGUGAGUCAACAGAAAGCACUCUCAGUCCAGAUAUGGAUCCAUCACUUGCCUUUCAGAGGGAAGGGUUUGGCCGCCAAAGCAUGUCAGAAAAGCGCACAAAGCAGUUUGGAGAUGCCAGUCAACUGGAUUUUGUUAAGACCAGGAAAUCAAAAAGCAUGGAUCUAGUAGCUGACGAGACUAAGAUCAGUGCAAUGGCUGGCCAAAACUCAGGUUCCCCAAGCAGAGACGUCGGGCCUUCAUUAGGCCUUAAGAAAUCCAGCUCAUUAGAAAGUCUGCAAACUGCAGUGGCUGAGGUGACUUUGAACGGUGACAUUCCUUUCCAUCGCCCACGCCCGCGGAUUAUCCGAGGAAGAGGCUGCAACGAGAGCUUUAGAGCCGCUAUUGACAAGUCCUACGACAAGCCAUCAGCAGAUGAUGAUGAUGAAGGCAUGGAGACAUGUACUAACAAAUCAGAGCUGGAGCCAAUCAACAGUUCCUCUGAGUGGGUGGAGGAAGACACAGAAGAGAGUUCAAAAUCAGGCCGGGAAUCUGUGUCUACCGCCAGUGAUCAGCACUCGCACUCAUUGGAGAGGCAGGUAAAUGGCUCCAGCCACGACAAGAGCGACCGGAAGAAGGACAAGAGUGGGAAAGAAAAGAAAAAAGAUCGGGAUAAAGAGAAAAACAAGGCCAAGAAAGGGGGGAUGCUGAAAGGCCUGGGAGACAUGUUCAAGUUUGGCAAACAUCGAAAAGAUGACAAGAUUGAUCACGGGGGAUCAUGGAAAAUGAGAGCUCAAGAAGCCCACCCUUCAGAAGAUGAAAGAAUGCGCAUGAGGCAAGAACAGGAGAGAAUACAGGCAAAGACACGAGAGCUCCGGGAAAGGCAAGCUAGAGAGAAGGACUAUGCGGAGAUCCAGGACUACGCGAAAACGCAUGGAAGUCUCGACGAGUCUCCCUAUGCUGGGGCCGGACUGUAUGACACUUGUACCAAUAGCGGCACACUACAUUUGAACAACAGGCCCCAAAGUCCGAGGGAUGCCAAGCAAACCGAAGCACUCUAUGCUCAAGUAAAGAAACCGAGAAGCUCAAAGCCUUCACCUGUAGACAGCAACCGAUCAACCCCGAGCAACCAUGAUCGGAUACAGCGCCUCCGGCAGGAAUUCCAGCAGGCCAGGCAGGAAGACGACGUGGACGAACGCAGGCGAACCUAUAGCUUUGAGCAACCGUGGCCAAACACUCCGACGUAUAAUCAGAGCGGGAGGCAUUCGGUUUCUGUGGAAGUUCAGAUGCAACGGCAGCGACAAGAGGAACGAGAGAGCUUCCAGCAAGCACAGCGCCAGUACAGCUCACUGCCCAGGCAAAGUAGAAAAAAUCCUAGUUCGGUCUCCCAAGAUUCCUGGGAACAGGCGUAUCCUCCUGGAGAAGGGUUCCAGAGUGCAAAGGAGAACCCCAGAUAUUCAAGUUACCAAGGAUCAAGAAAUGGUUACAUGGGCGGACAUGGUUUCAAUGCCAGGGUAAUGAUGGAAACUCAAGAACUUCUCCGGCAAGAGCAGCGACGGAAAGAACAACAGCUCAAAAAAAAGGUUUCCCCUGACAUAUCAAAUAACUUUGACUCUUUUAAGAAGAUCGCUGACCCCAAUUACGCCCAAUCCAAAGGGCCCUUCAGACAGGAUGUUCCGCCAUCUCCCUCUCAGGUAGCGAGGAUGAACAGAUUACCGCCACAGGAACAAGGAAGGCCAUUUUAUUCCUGAAAAACACUUAAAAACUGAUGCAAUAAUAAAAAUAUAACACAAAUAUAAAAAAAUAUUUUCAUGGAAGACUUUGCUUUCAUUUUAGACUGUGCAAUGGUGCAUCUCUAGUGCCUUUAGCAAUAUCGGCAAGGCAACAGUGGAACUCCCUGCCUUUGUCCUCUUGGGCCGAAGUGUUCUUUUUAUGGAAGGAUUUUUCACAAUAAGACAAUCACGAAGCGAAUGAAUUUCACCCCAACGACGCCGCUAAGCGUCUCGGCUGAUUUCCAGCAACGGUUUCGCUUCCCAAAACCCUCCUCUUUGUUUUUGUUUCCUGCCCGGUCUCAUGGAAUAGAAAUGGACUCUACGCAUCUUUUUUUUUUUUCUACAUAUAUUGAAUGGUUGGCUUGAGUAGUAUUCCUCUUUUAUUUAGCAGCCCAUAAUUGGAGAUAUAAUCACUAAAAAUAAUAUUGACUCAUUUUUUUUUGUCUAAGCAUUUAUAUAUUGGAUUUUUGUUAUUCCUCUUACGCGGUUUUGUUUUGUUUUUUUAAUAACUGAAAAAAACAAUAAGAAAAUGUCACUGUGUUUUAUGGUUGCCUUUCAUCUCAGAAAAAUAUGUAAAAAAAUGAAUUAUUAUGAUAAUGUAACGAGUGGGAAGGAAGCCUGUUUUUCCCUAUUUUUUCUCCUAUUGUGUAGGUUUUUUUUUUUUUUUAAACCAUUUUCACUAAUAUUUUCCAGAUUUUUUGUCUUUUUUUUUUUUGUCAUGGGGUAUUGAGAUAAAGUUUGAACAAGGACAAAGGGAAAAACAAAGACUUUGCAUCAUUGUACAAAGAGCCGCAUUGUAGAAUUUCUGAAACUGGUUUUUACUGCGCGUCAUGCCUUGCGCUUCGGAACUUCACAGCUUUUAUACUGGAAUUCAGUUUGUGGGAGCGGAAGGUAAAUGGAGGAAGGCUGUUACAGUGUUAUGAAUCCAUGCCAGAUUUAUAUAAUGAAUGGCAACACAAUGCCCUGUUUGUAUGAUGGGUUUAUCCAACAUUCUAUCCCAAGCCAAGCCAACAUAUUGAGAGUAUAGCUUUUUGUACACACAACAUUCCUUCCCUGUAUCUUUGCAUUCGUAAAUACAGGUAAAUACAGGUA